UGAUUUAUUCUUAAACUCAGUUUAUAGAUCAUCUAGAAAAUGUGUUUUAGUAUUCAGAACGAAAAACACUUAGUAAUACGUAGUUAUAGUAAUAUCAAGUUUCAUAUUUUAUGAUAUUAAUAGCCAAAGAGCUGAUACAACUAUAAUGGCAACCUGCCUUCUGUGUACCUGCAGCAGCGGCUCACCUGUGGUGCACCUGUCUGUUACAUUCAUAUCUGCACUGUAAAACAUAACCAGGAAGAAAAGUGUUUCACGAGUCAGAUGACGCUGACGUCAUGUGGAAUGCGGGCUGCAUUGUCAGAAAUAUUUGACCUGAAAACCAAACUUGAGAGAGACUCGAGUUGCAGAAAAUGCUCCGUUUUAUCUGCUGUUGUUGCUUCUCAAGCGAAAACUCCGACAGCGAGAGGCAGCCCCUCCUGGACCCCAGACCAUCUGACCUGAAUGAAGCUGAAUCAGCCAGGCAGACCCGGCCAGCACACAGUGAUUUGCAGACUGUGAAGCGCAUUGGUAGGCUGGUGAUGAGGCGAGUGUGUGUGCCAGAGCUGGACCAGAGGUUUUCUGACAUGGCUGAGACGUUCAACGAACAGCAGCAGCGCUAUGAGGCCAUGGUCCGACACAUCAUAAACCUGCGACAGGUCUACGGCUGUAACCACAACGAUAGCCUGGCUUUAGCCGAAUGUGUGGGGAAGAUCAGAGAGGAGCAUGAGGCCAAGUACAGGGUCUCCCUUAAGAUAAAGGGCUAUGACUUCUCCCUCAGUGUGGUUCCUGCGGGGCCAGACGGGGAAUGUGAGGAGGAACCACUGCCUCCACAUCUGCGAUUGGCUCAGGAUGAACUGAAGGGCGCUUCUGAGAGCGCCAAGGCCACCAUCUCAAAGGGUACCACACUUCAAGAGUUGAUUGGCUGGCUGCUCCGUAGCAAGGAUCAAAUGGCUGAGCAAGUGAAAGGGGCUGCAGCCUCCUUCCAGGAGCAAGGAAGACUGAAUGAGAACCUGGAGGAGAACAUGAAGGAAGUGAGGAGGGCGAAGGAGUUGUCGCUGGGAUACAGACAGCGGGCCGGAGAAGUCCUCACUGAGGCUGCACAGAUAGCCGGGGCUUAUCUGUAGUUCAUACACAUUUUAAAUACUUUUUAUUAGAAUCCACCAAUUACAAUACACAUAUUAUGGGAUUCAAACAUUUACAAAGGUUAUACACACUAUUACUAUACAAUUAUGGGUAUGGGAUCACUGACUUACAACCAGACUACCUGUGACAGCUGAGAUGGAACAUCAUUUUUGCUGUCUAGCUAUCUUUUCCUUGGUAAACUUGCCAACUGCAAUUUGCAUUCAUAUCAUAGCAUUUGCAACAACAUCAGAAGUGUUAGAUAAUGAGACACGAUAAUGAGUGCGCACACAACGCCAUGCAUGUAUUUAAACACUCUGCUUUGCAGGCCAUCGCUGCCUGUUGUAUAAAGUGUCCUGCAAGAACAUGAAGACUUGUGAUUAUAUAUGCCUUUUAAAUGUUUUGUUAAAAUUUUAAUAAAUAGCACUUUAUGCUCUUUAGACUCA